AUGGCCAUCGAUUUGAACCAGAAUGGCUCUCGGGAGACCACGUCAAUAUUUCACGGUCCUCGUGAACCCCCGCUCUUGGACUGGACUACUACUCAACUUCUAGAAUUCGGCGCACAGCACUACCCAAACCAUACUGCAGUAAUUUCUUCAUGGCAAGGGCUAAAAUCCACAUAUCAAGAGCUCCAGAAAGAUGUUGAACAACUCGCUCGCGUUAUCCUAGCGUCCGGCGUCGGCCAUGGUGACCGUGUUAUGGUUCUCGCUGGAAACAGUAUGGAAUUCGUUCACAUCUAUCUCGCUACAACGUAUAUUGGGGCUAUAUUUACUAUUAUCAACCCUAUGUUCACCAUCAAAGAGAUUGCAUCUGCUAUCGAGCUGAUAGAACCUCGAAUGAUCUUCGUUUCACGCCGUAUCGGGUUCCGGAAAAAUGAUAAAAUUCUUCAAAUGGUUUCAAGCUUGAACACAAGUGCUGAGAAAACAGUGCAGGUGGUCUAUAUGGGAUCUGAGACAUCUGAAUACGGCUCUGCACUGUCGUAUACUCAGUUUCUCCAGCGCGGAAAGGUUAUCAACAAAAACCAGGAUCUAAAUCGGGAUGUCCACGUAAACCCGAACGAUGUCUGCUGCUUUCAGUUUACCAGUGGAACAACAGGGCCACGGAAGGCGUCAAUGUUAUCACAUAGUAACUUCAUCAACAAUGGUCAACUGGUUGGAAAUUUAUUGGAACUUACGGAGAAGGAUAUUCUUUGCUGUCCUCCGCCGCUCUUUCAUUGUUUCGGCCUUGUAUGCGGGCUUCUUGCUGCGCUUUCGCAUGGAAGCACAUUGGUUCUCCCAUCUGAAGUCUUCGAUCCAACCAAGGUACUAGAAACGCUUGUCAAGGAAAAGUGCACCGUAAUCAAUGCUGUGCCGACCAUGUUUCAAAGUAUUCUCGAUCAAGAGGCACUAUCAGCCAAGGUAUCUUCCCAGCUCUCGCUUCGUACGGGUAUAAUUGCCGGCGCAAGCCUGUCCCGAGAUCUGCUACAAAAGAUAAAUGAUCGCCUUGCCCUGAAUGGUCUUAUAUACCCUUUCGGUAUGACGGAGUUAUCGGCUGUUAGCUUAUCGACUACCAGGGAUAUCUCGCUUUUGUCUAAUUGGACUACUGUGGGGAAGCCACUGCCUCAUACAUCCAUUAAGGUUAUUGAUACUGAUGGGACUGUGCUUCCUCCUGGCAGCUCGGGUGAGCUAUGUGUUUCUGGCUACCUUGUGCACAAAGGGUAUUACAAGGCCCCGGAAAAAAGUGCCGAAGUGGUACGAAUUGAUGAAAACGGCACAGCUUGGUUGCAUACCGGUGAUAUAGUCUCCCUUGCUCCAGAUGGCACCUGCACAGUUUUGGGGAGAGUUAAAGAUAUGAUCAAAAAAGGCGGCGAGAAUGUUAUUCCAAAAGAUAUUGAAGAGAUUAUCCAGGCUCAUCCGUCGGUUACCAACGUGGCCGUUGUGGGAGUUCCCCAUGCUAAAUGGGGAGAAUCCGUCAUCGCAUUCGUGCAAGAGGAAUCAUCCUCCAAAUCAACCUUGAACGAAAAGGAACUGAAGACCUGGCUGCGAAAGCAUGAUUUGGCACCUCACAAAAUGCCGGACCACUUUUUCGUCGCCUCAGAAGAAAAUGGGUUGCCAUCUGGGCUGCCUGUGAAUGCAAGUGGAAAGGUAUUGAAGACAGAACUGAGGCAACUGGCACAAAAUCUCGUGGCUAAAGGGGGCAAAUUGAACUAG